AGCUUCUUUCACCUUUGAACCCUCACCCACCAACAGCAAGUCAAGUCAAGCCUCCGCCUCACUAGAUGGUGGUACACUACAUUUCGCUACUGUAUCUUGUCCACAACUGUGGAUCUGUGAACUGUGAGCUCAGCUGGAAUCGAAAGUAAUAGCAUCUCUCAUAGGUUUCAACAGCAGCGCUGAGUUGAAGCGAAACAAGCGGGUAGCAGCAUCUUAUUUCCUGUAUCGAGAACUUUCCAGGCGUCAAGUGGAUGAAACAGUUGCCCACUCUCCCAAAACAAUGGCGUGUGAAAGGACUUUUCCUGACACUUUCAUAGACGAAGAUCCACAGAAGGCUCUGGAGGAGCUGAAUGGGGCUCUGGGGGACUCAGCUGACAAUGCAGAGCUGCUAUGCCAGAGGGCCUAUGCAAACAUCCUGCUCAAGAAGUACAGCUCUGCUGUGGAGGACUCCAAGAAAGCGCAGCAGCUUCAGCCUGGCCUGGCACUGGCCUUCCUACGAACCGGUGUUGCUGAGUAUCACCUAGGAAACCUGAGCUCUGCACACCAGGCCCUUCUGGAGGGACAGAAGCUCGAGGGCUCGGAGGGUUUGUUUGUUCCCUGGAUCAAGCGCUGUGAGGAGCUGAUGCAGACUGGUGUUCCAAUUCAGGCCUACACAGCAGGAUCUGGCAGGUGUUCUGCUCAUCUCAGGCUGCCUUCAGGAGAUGACUACUGUCUCCAGUUGUGUCUGCUGCAUCCAGUGGAACCAGAACACUCUUCAUACCGGAUACUCACCACCAAGAUUGAGAUCAAGAUGAGGAAGUGUGAGGCCAUCAGAUGGGAGAAACUGGAGGGAGAGGGAACGCAGCCCAGCCUCAAGCACUUCACUCCCAACCAGUCUGGCCUCUCCUCCACUACCCGUAACUGGGACCAGGUUGUGGGGGCGAUCUCGGAGGAGGAGAAGAAUGAGAAGCUGGAGGGAGACGCCGCGCUCAACAAGCUCUUCCAGCAGAUCUACUCCGACGGCUCAGACGAGGUCAAGCGGGCCAUGAACAAGUCCUUCAUGGAGUCAGGUGGUACAGUUCUGAGCACCAACUGGACGGACGUGGGGAAGAGAACGGUGGAGAUGAGCCCUCCUGAUGACGUGGAGUUCAAGAAGUACUGAAGAGGAGGAUGAAGAGAGGAGAGGAGAGGAGAGGAGAAGAGAGGAGAGGAGAGGAGAGGAGAGGAGAGGAGAGGAGAAGAGAGGAGAGGAUGGAGACAGGAGGGGAUGGAGAGAGGAGAGGAGAGGAAAGGAGUCCGGCCUGGACACACACCCCCACCCCCACCCAGGCCGCGUGUGCGCUGCUCCCACCACCAUCCUCCUCCACUCCUCAUCACUCGCUCCACUCCUCUCCUCCUCCACUCCUCUCUUCACUUCCUCAUUCGAGACGCCAUCUUCAUGUUAUUUUGCUUUGUCUGAUUUAUUCUUUAUUUUUUUAAAAGAUGAAUCUUUCUGAAUGGAUUUAGUUUUUUUUGUUUUUGUAAAUCUUGAUGAAAUGAACUUUUCUCUGCGUGGGAGUGAUCAGAAUGAAGGCAGAGGAAGAAGAGAAGAGAAGAGCAGAUGGAUGAGAUGAUGACCUGAAGACAUGUUGUGCGUUCCAAUAUGCAACCUCGCCUCCUCCACUUGAGCUGCGUUCCAAUAUGCCACCUCGCCUCCUCCACUUGAGUGCGUUCCAAUAUGCCACCUCGCCUCCUCCACUUGAGUGCGUUCCAAUAUGCCACCUCGCCUCCUCCACUUGGGCUUGUGGCCACAUACCAGGAAGUAAAAUGUCAUGAUGACAUCACAGCAUUAUAUUUCAAUAUCUCGUAACAGCUCAUUUGUGAAGUCAUUUUCUCAUUUGCAAACUGCAUAGUGAAUGAAGAAUAGUCCCCCAAUUUGUUGUGACCAGUAGGCUGACAGCGGGGGAAACAUAAUUGUUUUCUCCACGGAGGCGGGGCGUCAGCAAAACGUGAUGCCACAAGCACAAGUGGAGGAGGCAAGGUUGCAUAUUCAAAUGCACAAUGUCCAUGUCCAAAUGUCUG